AUGGUCUCUCAAACCCCCCUCCGCGCUGCGGAAUUCAAGAGCGCUUACGGCCCCAAAUACGCUUUCCAGCCCAACUUCAAGGGCAUCAGCGUCCAGUCCGCCGCCCGAUACGGCUUCCGAUCUGCCACUAUCGGUGCCGGCCUCGGUAUGGCUCUGGUUCUCUUCGCCUCCAGCCUGCCUCGUUUCCGUGCCGAUGUCCUCUCAAAAAUCCCCAUUAUCGGCAGCACCUGGGAGAAGAAGGAGAUCCACCCCGCUGACAACUCUCCUUCUACCGACAUGGCAUCGCCAACGGGCGGCGCCCCUGACGCCCUAGCAAGCUUCAAAUUCGCAUCAUGGGCUGCCGGCGCUGUCCCAGUCGCUUUCGUUCUCCAUACAUUGCUCUUCAAAACCAGCGCAAAUAGUUCUGGCAGUCUAGGUCUUGGAUUUACUGUUUUCCUUGCGGCGGCGGCGUUCCUCUGGCUGGGUGUGGUGUCUGAAAUUGUUCCCGAGCCGUAUCUGGAUGAAGUAUUUCAUAUUCCCCAAGCGCAGAGGUAUUGCGAGGGCAAAUUCUUGGAGUGGGAUGACAAGAUUACUACGCCCCCGGGAUUGUACUGGAUAUCGAUCUUGAUCCCCCAAGCAGCAAAAAGCAGCGGCCUAAUCUCUUCUUAUGCAUGUGGUCCCAAGUCUCUUCGGGCAACCAACGCAGUCGGCAUCAUCGUGCUGAGCUACAUAGCCCUGCUCUGUCGAAAAGCAAUCGAAGCACGUCUUCAUCAGGCGCAUUCAUCCAUCAGCAUCAGCUCCACAUCUCAGUAUGCCACUCACACAGCCUUUAACAUUGCUCUUUUCCCUCUACUCUUUUUCUUUUCGGGGCUUUACUACACGGAUGUUAUAUCCACAGCUGUUGUCCUCGUAUCCUUCUUAAACCAUCUUCAUCGCAUUGGUCGUGAUCGGAGUUCAUUCUUGAGCGAUGUCAUAACCAUAGUCCUAGGGCUGUGCAGUCUCACCAUGAGACAGACAAACGUGUUUUGGGUUGUUGUCUUCAUGGGAGGUUUAGAGGCCGUCCAUGCUGUCAAGAGUUUGCAGCCAGAGGCGGUUGUCCAGCCGUACAUGACGUCGCUGUCGGAGCAGUUGUUGUUUUUCUUCAAGAGAUGGUCCGUUGGACAUGUGCAUGAUCUGCCAUUGAACAUGGCAUACCCCGAAGGUAAAAAGACCCCUAAAUCUUCCAGCUCAAAACCAAAUCCUAACCAAGGGAUUCCAGACAUGCUAUUCACCGCCGUCAGUCUCAUAGUCGCAGCACUCUGCAACCCCUUAAGACUCAUCAGGCAGAUAUGGCCCUAUAUCACCGUCCUAGCCGCCUUUGCAGGAUUCGUAGCAUGGAAUGGCGGCGUGGUCCUUGGAGACAAGUCAAACCACGUUGCCACCAUACACCUCCCGCAAAUGCUCUACCUCUGGGCCUUUUUCGGCUUCUUCUCACUCCCGCUAUUCGUCCCGUAUGCGAUUCUAGUAGUCGAUGCUGUACGAAGCGUCCUCAUUGCACGGAAGGAUAAAGACAUACCCAAAGAGAGCAAGAAUGUAGCACGUAAGCCGGCGCUGUCCCUCCCACUGAAACUCUUCACCUUCAUCUUCAACAAUCGACUUCUAUGGCCGCUCUACUUGGCCGCUACCUUUGUCCUGUCGGGCCUCGUCGUCCGCUUCAACACCAUCAUCCACCCGUUCACUCUCGCCGACAAUCGCCACUACAUGUUCUACGUCUUCCGAUACACCAUUCGCCGCGCGCCUUGGAUUCGAUAUUUCCUCGUCCUCCCGUAUACGAUCAGUCGCUGGCUCGUCUGGGGCACUCUAUCCGGCUGCACGAAUUGGAUCUCGGGAACUCACAAGGACGCUUGCUCUGCAUAUUACCACUCAUCUCGCCCGUCGUCAUUUACAUGCGAUCCCUUUGUCGCAGCAGAUGUUGAUGCAUCUACGUCUAGAAACUUUCAAGAAGAGGUAAAGAAAGACACUAAGCAAGACCCCCUCUUCAUCUCAACGGAGCCCGUCCCAACAUCCACCGGGCUCAUAUUCCUGCUCGCCACCACCCUUUCGCUCAUUACAGCGCCAUUGGUUGAGCCACGCUACUUCAUCAUACCAUGGGUCGUAUGGAGGCUUUUGGUACCUGCUUGGCGACUGCAUGACCAUCAAGAAGGAGAAAGUAGUCUGUUCGACGGCGCCAGUUCAACAUCACUCUGGGGCAAAUUCGUCAACUUUUGUCGCGGUUAUGACGUUCGGCUGAUCUUGGAAACAAUCUGGUUCGUUUUGAUUAAUCUCAUCACGGGAUACAUAUUCCUCUCCAAGCCAUAUGUUUGGAAGGCCGAAGACGGAAGUAUCCUCGACGGAGGAAGAUUACAGCGCUUUAUGUGGUAG